AUGAUUGUGAAGGUAUCACAGAUAUUAAGUGUGGUUUGUCUGGCGCUGUGUGUGCUGGGAGACGGCCCCGCGAUCUCGGAGCAGAAGGUCAUCCUCCAUAACAAGCACCACGGAGAACUCUCACACAUUGGAGCUCACGAGCCGGAGCAUCAUGAGGAAUAUGCUUGGGCGUAUCCUUCAUACGAGUUCUCUUACAGCGUGAAUGACCCACACACUCACGACCACAAGGGUCAGUCCGAAGCAAGACAUGGCGAUGAGGUGAAGGGAGAGUAUUGGUUGAUCGAGCCUGAUGGUCGCAAGCGCACUGUCAAGUACCACGCCGACAAGCACAGCGGAUUCAAUGCCCACGUGGAAUACUCAGCGCCACAUCAUCAUGUUCACUUCAAGACUCACAAACACUUGGACCACAAACCUGAGAUAGUACAUCAUCACGAAGAACACAAGCCACAUAUUGAGCACAAACCAUUGAUCUUGCAUCAUGAUGUGCCAUUUAUCAAGCCUUUGUCGUUAAUCAAGCCUGUGCCGCUGAUCAAGCCCCUGGUGCCAGUACACAAACCCCUGUUCCUUCAUCAUGUUGAACAUAAACCAGUAUUUAUACAUCAUGAUGACCACAAACCUGUGGUAGAACAUCACGACCAUCAUGAUCAUCAUGACCAUCAUGGACCCUGGUUAGUGCCCAAAUAUUACGGCCACCAUGAGCUCGCUAGACCUAUCCUGCGAAAGCUCCAAGAGAACUACCACCACGGUCACAAUCCCCGUUUCUACAGGACUCCCAAAGAAUAA